ACUUUUCCUCUUCUUAAUUACUUCUCUGCUCUCAAUUCUCUCCUCCAACAGCGCCUCCACCGCACCUCUUGGUGUUAACAUGUCUUCCAUGUUCCCCGAUGACCCUGACAGCAACAUGGACAAGAUUCAGGAUGAGAAUGCUUUGGUUUCUGGUAAUGGGAAUCCUCCAAGCAGUGACAAAGAUAAUAGGAUGAUGAUUGACCCCCCACCUGAGAAUUAUGAAGAGGAUGACGGAGAGGAUGACGGAGAGGAUGACGGAGAGGAUGAAGAAGAUAUCCCGGAUUACUAUGAUGAUUAUGACUAUGACGACGACGAUGAUGACGACGAUGAUGAUUGGGACGAUGAAGAAUAUGAAGAUGACCAAGAAAUGGAAGAUCUGGAGGACAACGCUUCCUCACUAAGUGAAGACGAGGGUGUGUAGCAAAGAUGAGAUUCAUCUCUUUUGGCUUCUGUUAUUGUUUCGGAUUUUCGAGUCUACAACUAAUAAAGCUUUUUCAAUGAUAUGAUUCAUCUUCAUUAUCUUUUUCAUCUCUCAAAAUUGCUAGUAUUUUUCAUGGAUUCUUUUCACUUGCAACGAUUACAGAUUCACUCUAGAGAAUUGGAGGACCCCUUGUGCUCCUAUUUAAUUAAUAAAAUUUUGUUUAGUAG